AUGACCAGAAGUAUCAAAGCUACCAACGAUCGUGGAGAUGACUGCACACCACACAAGAGGGAGGAGAGGGUAAUGAGGGAGGCCUACAGGAAAGAGAGGCUGUCAAAAUCCUAUUUGGCAGACGAUGAAAACUGUCCUUCUUUCAGGAUGCAGCUGGCUAAGAUGGGUCUUCAGCUGCGUGAUAUACCAGCUGAUGGAAACUGUCUGUUCCGAGCGCUGGGCGAUCAGUUGGAAGGACAUUGUCGCAACCACUUCAGACACAGAACGGAAGUUGUCAAUUAUAUGAGAACACACAGACAUGAUUUUGAGCCAUUUGUGGAAGAUGACAUGUCAUUUGAUGAGCAUGUGCAAACAUUACAGAAGCUCGGCACCCAUGCUGGAAAUGAUGCCAUUGUAGCUUUUGCUAAACUUCACAACGUCCAUGUUGUGAUUCAUCAGCUCAACGGCCAGCCGCUCAUGAUUCAAGGUCCAACUGUGAGCAACGAAAACACACGACAGUUGCACUUGGCCUACCACAAUGGAGAUCACUACAGUAGUGUUCGGAAAGUUGAUGACAACACAGAAUCUCCCGCUCACAUACGCCUGCAAGAUUCAGACCCACAUAUGGGCCAUCAUAGCAAGAUUGGCCAUGACCCUGUUGAUGGAUUCGUGUGUGUUAAAAGAAGUCUCGAGGAUAUUGAAACUGAAGUGGCUCUGGCGACAAAUUGUACGGACAUGGAGAGGAUCAGACAGGUGCUCAGUGAGUGUGAUUAUGAUGUGGAUGCUUCCAUCGCUGACCUGCUGCAGCAGCUGGAGAUGACCAGUGAGGCUCAUCAAGAUGAUACCACAUCGAUGAUGUCUCAACCAGCUUCCACAGAUGACAGUGGAAUCUGGAACACGUCUGCCUGCGUUAGCACCAGUG